AUGCAUCCACCCACGCUGGCUACAGGGAACAACUCUUCUCAUCCGGUGCUCUUCAUCUUGCUUGGAAUCCCAGCCUUGGAGAAGUACCACUUUUGGAUCGCCUUUCCAUUUCUUGUCAUGUAUGCUGUAGCCGUAGCUGGAAACAUCACCAUCUUGCAUAUAAUCCGAACGGACCACAGCCUGCACGAGCCCAUGUACCUCUUCCUGGCGAUGCUGGCUGUCACAGAUCUGGUCCUUUCCUCCUCCACCCAGCCUAAAAUGCUGGCCAUACUCUGGUUUCAUGCUCAUGAGAUCGAGUAUCAUGCCUGCCUCAUCCAGGUCUUCUUCAUCCACACCUUUUCAUCUGUGGAGUCCGGGGUGCUCAUGACUAUGGCCUUGGACCGCUAUGUGGCCAUCUGCUUCCCCCUCCGACACUCCAGUAUCCUGACCACCUCUGUAGUGAUCAAACUGGGGGCAGCUGUGAUGGUGAGAGGAUUGGUGUUGGUAAGCCCCUUCUGCUUCAUGAUCUCCGGCAUGCCCUUCUGCCCCAACAAUGUCAUUCCCCAGUCGUACUGCGAGCACAUGGCUGUGCUCAAGUUGGUGUGUGCUGACACCAGAGUCAACCGUGGGUAUGGACUCUUUGCGGCCUUCUCUGUAGUUGGAUUUGAUGUAAUUGUCAUCAGUGUAUCCUAUGUGAUGAUCUUGAGAGCGGUGUUGCAGCUGCCAUCAGGUGAAGCCCGCUUCAAAGCAUUUGGUACAUGUGCUUCCCAUGUCUGUGUUAUCUUGGCUUUCUAUAUCCCAGCCCUCUUCACUUUUCUCACCCAUCGCUUUGGGCAUCACGUCCCCCAACUUGUACACAUCAUGUUUGCUAAUUUCUAUCUUCUUGUUCCUCCCAUGCUCAACCCCAUCAUCUAUGGAGUUGGAACCAGGCAGAUCAGGGACAGGGUGAUUCAUGGAUGUUGUGGGAAAGACCCUUGA